UCCGGGUUAGCCGGAUGUGCUUCACUUGAAUCAGACCGCUUUUAUUUUUCUCUGAGCGGCUGGCUGCUGAAUGAUCCAUAGAUAAACUCGUUUAACGGACUCAUUGUUUUGUUUCUCGUUCAACACAUAUUUUGGCUUUGUUACAUUCACAUCGAAGCGGGGUGAAACAUGUCCAGGAGGCGGCACAGCGAUGAGAACGACGGAGGUCAAGCCCAUAAGAGGAGGAGAACAUCGGAGCCGAUUGAGAUCGAAGACCGUCUGGAGUCACUGAUAUGUCGUGUUGGGGAAAAGAGCACAUCAUCCCUCGAGAGCAACCUGGAGGGCCUCGCUGGCGUCUUAGAGGCAGACCUCCCAAACUACAAAAGCAAAAUUCUGCGCAUUUUAUGUGCUGUUGCCCGCCUCCUGCCCGAGAAGCUGACCGUUUAUACGACCUUAGUCGGCCUCCUUAACGCCAGGAACUACAACUUUGGGGGCGAGUUCGUUGAGGCCAUGAUCAGGCAGUUGAAGGAGACGUUAAAAAACAACUUGUACAGUGAAGCUGUUUACUUGGUGCGUUUUCUGUCUGAUUUGGUCAACUGCCACGUGAUUGCUGCUCCCUCUAUGGUGGCCAUGUUUGAAAACUUUGUCAGUGUUACUCAGGAGGAAGAUGUGCCACAGGUUCGGUCGGACUGGUUUGUGUACGUCGUUCUGUCCUGUCUGCCCUGGGUCGGGAAGGAGCUCUAUGAGAAGAAGGACGUGGAGAUGGACCGGCUCCUCAGCCAGAUUGAAGGCUACCUCAAGAGGAGAGUAAAGACCCAUGUCCCCAUGCUGCAGGUGUGGACUGCAGAUAAACCCCAUCCACAAGAGGAGUACCUGGACUGCCUUUGGGCUCAGAUUCAGAAGCUGAAGAAAGACCGCUGGCAGGAGCGUCACAUUCUUCGUCCCUACAUCGCCUUUGACAGCGUGCUCUGCGAGGCCCUGCAACACAACCUGCCCCCCUUCACCCCACCGGGCCACAUGCCCGACGCCCAGUACCCCAUGCCCCGGGUCAUCUUCCGCGUAUUUGACUACACCGACGCCCCAGAGGGACCUGUUAUGCCCGGCAGCCAUUCUGUGGAGAGAUUUGUUAUAGAGGAAAACCUGCACUGCAUUAUCAAAACUCACUGGAAAGAGAGGAAAACAUGCGCUGCCCAGCUCCUCAGCUACCCAGGGAAAAAUAAGAUCCCACUCAACUAUCAUAUCGUCGAGGUGAUCUUUGGGGAACUUUUCCAGCUGCCCUCGCCGCCUCACAUCGAUGUCAUGUACACCACACUGCUGAUCGAGCUCUGCAAACUGCAGCCCGGAUCGUUGCCCCAAGUCUUGGCCCAAGCCACAGAGAUGCUUUACAUGAGACUGGACACCAUGAACACCACCUGCAUAGACCGACUAAUCAACUGGUUUUCUCAUCAUUUGAGCAACUUCCAGUUCCGAUGGAGCUGGGAUGACUGGUCUGACUGCUUGACCGUGGAUCUAGAGAAACCCAAGCCCAAGUUUGUCAAAGAGGUUCUGGAGAAGUGCAUGAGACUUUCAUACCACCAGAGGAUAGUGGACAUCGUGCCUCCAACCUUUUCGGCCCUCAUUCCUGCUGACCCCAUCUUUACAUAUAAAUAUCCAGACGAGAGCGCCUCCUCGUUACCGGGUUCCAUGUCCAUCACCGUCAGUAACGCCAUCAAGAACAGAGCAUCUAACGAAGAGAUCCUCACCGUCCUCAAAGAGGUCCCCAACCCCAAUCAGGAAGAUGAUGAUGACGAGGGCGAGAGCUUCAAUCCGCUGAAGAUCGACGUGUUCCUGCAGACUCUGCUCAACCUAGCAGCCAAAUCCUUCAGCCACUCGUUCAGUGCGCUCGGCAAGUUUCACGAGAUCCUGAAGACUCUGGCCAACAGUGACGAGGGAAAGCUGCACCUCCUCAAAGUGUUGUAUGAAGUGUGGAGGAACCACCCGCAGAUGAUCGCCGUGUUGGUGGACAAAUUGAUUCGGACGCAGGUUGUGGACUGUGCUGCAGUCGCCAACUGGCUCUUCUCUCAGGACAUGGCCCACGAGUUCACCAGACUUUUCAUCUGGGAGAUCCUGCACUCGACCAUCCGAAAGAUGAACAAACACGUGCAGAAGAUCCAGAAGGAGCUGGAGGAGGCCAAAGACAAACUGGAGAAACAGCAGCACAAGAGGCGCGACAGCGGGGACGACGAGGAUAUGGACAAGAACAGUGAAGAUGAGGAGGGUCAGCUGGAGGAGCAGAUCGAGAGACUCCAGGAGAAGGUGGAGUCUGCUCAGAGCGAGCAGAAAAACCUCUUCCUUGUCAUCUUCCAGCGUUUCAUCAUGCUGUUGACGGAGCACCUGGUUCGCUGUGAAACGGGCAGCGUUGACAUCAGCACGCCCUGGUACAAAAACGGCAUCGAGCGGCUGCAGCAAAUCUUCCUCAUGCACCACGCGACCAUCCAGCAGUACAUGGGAACCCUGGAGAACCUGCUGUUCACCGCCGAGCUCGACCACCACAUCCUGGCCGUGUACCAGCAGUUCUGCGCCCUGCAGCUUUGAGACACACGAUCCCGAUGAAAUGUGUACUUGUGUUCACCCGAUGUGAUGAAGCGACACAUUAGAAAAACCAGCUCUUGCAUCAAGAAUCUCCUCUUCAGUUUUAUUUUUAUUUUUCCUGUCUGGUGCCAUUCAUUUCACUCAUGUGCAGCCACAUCAGAGGAUGUCUGUUGAGAAAAUCUUUAAUUUGUGGUAGCGCUCCUUUUUUUCUUUUGGAUGUAUUUCUUUGUUUUCUCUUUUGUUUAUUUUUACCUCCUGGCCGUAUUGUUAUGAAUGGAUCUUUUUAAAAACUGUAUGAAGACGGAGCUACAGAAAUAAUCUUCAUAGGAAGGGAGGUUCCAGGUCGGUUCUGACUGAUUCUGAAUCUAGAGAGUGCUCUACUUUUUUAUAUUUGUUUUAUGUGGAAUUGGGAAGUAAUUAAAGCUCUACAGAGUCUUUAUCCAUCCA